AAGGCGAAGGGCAGAGUGGAGAUGGGCAGCAGACCGUGCAGCCAUCGUCAGUCGCUGGAAUUGGCUCCAAGCCCACGUUUCGGACCUGGAAUACCGAAUCCGGCAGCAAACGGACAUUUACAAGCAGAUUAGAGCCAAUAAGGGGCUGAUAGUUCUUGGUGAAGCAUCACCCCCUGAUCCUGCAGUAGAUGAUGCAUCCCGUCCCGUUAGUGCUGAAGUUAAGCUGGAGCCUGGGGCUGACCGGCUGAGUGUUUCUGGAUCCCAGCCACUAGAGAACUUGGGUAUUUCUGCUGCAAAUACUCCUGAAUCCCAUCCCGUCAAGCCCUGUGGAGCACCAAGACCCGUCAAUGGAGUUAUCAACACUCUUCAGCCUGGCCUGGCAGAACAUGCUCAGGGAGAUGGCCAGGAAGCUGAGGAGCUCUUGCAUAAAAAGCAGCGACUAAACAUGGUUUCUUCAUCUUCGGAUGCAACAUGUGUAGCAGCUCGCACUCGCCCAGUACUGAGCUGUAAGAAGCGACGGCUUGUUCGACCUAGCAGCGUUAUGCCUCUUUCCAAAAAGGUCCAUCGUAAUAGCCUGGUGCGAUGUAGCUGUGAUGUGAACCCUUCGUGUGCUCUGUGUGGCACUCGAAGCUCGACGACUGUGGAAAUCCAGUAUGAUGCCCCUUUGCUGGAGCGCCUCUCCCAACUGGACUCAUGUAUUCAUCCUGUCCUAUCAUUCCCAGAUGAUGUGCCGACGAGCCUGCACUUCCAGAGCAUGUUGAAAUCUCAGUGGCAGAACAAACCCUACGAGAAAAUGAAACCUCCCAAAAAGCUCUCGCUCAAGCACAGAGCCCCCAUGCCUACCAGCAGCCUGUCUGACCCUGCUCGCAAGGACCGCCACAAGCUGGUGAAUUCGUUCUUCACUGCAGCCAAGCGCUCACAUCAAAAAAUCCAACCAGACAAGGCACACAGGCCGCCUUUAGACGAUUUUAUGGCCGUGUCCAAGGCCGAGAGAGCGCCAGAGCGCUCGCUUGUCCAGCCUCCUGCCUAUGACAAAAAGCGAUUGCGAGACUGCUCAUCUGAGAGGAGUGAAGUGUUAAAGCAUCACACAGACGUCGGUGGCCCAAGCUACUUGUCAGCAGCUGCAACCCCCACACCUCACAGCCCUAUAGCACGGCAACUGUCCACCUCCUCGGAAGGCUCCGCUCCUGCCAGCACGAGUUCACAGGGCACCUCCAGCACAGCCCAGCCAAGGAGGAGGAGAGGCGAAAGUUCAUUCGAUAUUAACAACAUUGUCAUCCCGAUGUCCGUCGCUGCAACGACUCGUGUGGAGAAACUGCAGUACAAAGAGAUCCUCACACCCAGCUGGCGUGAAGUGGAUAUCAGUGCUCUGAAAGCAAACCCUGAUGAAGACAAUGAGGAGAUCGAGGACUUGUCUGAUUCGGCCUUCGGUGCUCGGCAUGGCAAGUGUGAAGAGAUGGAGCGGGCCCGGUGGCUUUGGAGCACGAGCAUGCCCCCGCAGCGGCGGGGCAGCAGGUCUUACAGAUCGACAGACGGACGGACGACCCCCCAGCUGGGGAACCCCUCGACUCCCCAGCCGGCAUCCCCUGACGUGGGCAACUGCCACUUCCAUUCGGAGCUGUCCCACACCCACUCACCGCGCAGCCCCAUCAGCCCCGAACUGCUCUCUGCCCCCCUCACCCCCCUCUCCCGUGACUCCAUGCGGCUUCUGUCCAGCGAGGACACCCGUUGCUCCACGCCCGAGGCCGGCCUUGAUGAGCAGGCUGUGCAGCCCUGGGAGCGACGCACCUUCCCACUCUUGUACGAUCCCAGGACGGAGUGCGAGGACCAAUCUGACCCCCAAGACCGGUCGUGGCGCUGCACCCGGCGCACAUCAGGCAGUAAAUCCUCCCGGGAGACCGAUGGCACUUCUGCUUUGCCCAACCUGGCCAGCCUCAAGAGCCGAACCCCCCUGGCGACACCCUCCUCCUCCUCUUCCUCCGCAGCAGUUCAGCGGCCAGCGCACAGAUAG